AGCGCACUCGACUGCUGCGCUGCCGCCGGAGGGAACGCAAUGGAUUUACGACUGCACUAGAUACAUGGAAAAACGCUUUUGAUUCUGUUUUAAGGUAUGAGCCAUAACCCAAAGUCCUCAUUAGUAGGAAUGAUCUCAACCACACCAUGCGCCAUGGCAACUAUAAGCCCCCUGACUCCCUCCCCAAUCAGUGGAGCAAUGGUAGCCAACGGAAGCCCGGCAUCACAGUCAGCACACUCUGGAUUCGCUGCAGCUCUCCGCAAACUAGCCAAACAAGCCGAAGAGCCAAGAGGUCCUAUCAGUAGCGAGUCAUCACACGUUUCUUCCCCGGUGACCAAUCACAUUUCUCUGGUCAGUACGCCUAAGCGGGUUGCCAUGGGUACCUGCCUGGGCCCGACCACUGGCACCCCACCUGUGGUCACCAUCGCCCCGACUAAAACAGUCAACGGUUUCUGGCGGUCUGAAGGACGUCAGGCUGAUGCAGGAUUGGGAGGGUCUAGUCAAGAGCGUUUGUCCUCAGAUCACCCUCUACCAGCUCAGGAGAAGACCUCCCUCUCUCUCCCACCAUUCCUUGGGGCAGCCCACCCUUUCAGCAUGACCCCAAGUGCUUUCAUGCAAGACCAUCAUCUUCAAACUCACCUGUCUCGGCAGGUGCCUCAUAUGCUGCUAGCAGGGGCUCAGGAGGAGUAUCUGCGGGAUGGGUUUCGUCCAUACCCGUCCGCUGAGGAGCUACGAAUGCCUUUACUUCCUCUUGGGCUCAGCCCAGGAGCUGCAGCAGAAACUCUUGCGUACCUCCAGUCAGGAUACCUGCACCACCCCUCUCUGGCUUCAUACAGGAUGGAAGACUACUACAGUCUGUCUGCCCUCCGCUCGCCUUACUACCAGCUUCCAGAAGGGGGCACCCUGCCAUCCCUCCACCCCUCUGCUGUUCACAUGCCCAUGCAGGGAGUCUUUUACCCCGGUGACAUGGCACGCCAGUCGCUGUCAGCUCUGCACUCUGAGAGGCUGCAGAUGGAGGAGGAACUUCGCCAGCAGGGGCGGGAAAGAGAACAAGAGAAAGAGAGGACGCGUGAAAUUGAACGAGAGAGGGAGUGGGAAAAAGAGGUGCAGAGGGAGAAAGAGAGAGAGCGAGAGAAUUAUAUUAAGACAGAGCGUGUGAGAGAGAUCCAGGUGGUUAAAGCCAUGGAGAAACGCCAUCUGAGCCACGAGCCCACUGCAAACCAACACUUGAUCUCUCACACGAACUCACACUCAUAUACACACCGGCAGCAAGUGAAGGACAGAGCCAAGCUGGAGGACAGACUUGCUACUUACAGACUGGACAAAGCCAAAGAAGCUUCACUGCUCAAGCCUCAGUCAGGUUCAUAUCUAUCCUCAGGAGGUUCUUCAUUCUCAACCUCAGGCCAAGGCCCAUCUUCAGGAGUCCAGUUUGGAGCAGGUUCUGGAAAGUCCCACAGAUCCCUUGUAACGGCCAUGAUGCUCCAGCGGCAGGAAGAAGAUGACCGAUGUCUGGCAAGACAGAGAAGUCUAAAGAUGGAGAAAGUGGAUCGACAAGGUCAGGAAUCAAUGGAGAAUCCACACCAGGUUCGAGGGAAGCUCCUGGAUGUCGGUCGGGCUGCAGAACCAACAGAACCACAAAGGGAUCAGCACAGGUAUAGUGCACACCAUCAGGACGUGGGUGUUAGAGACCUACCCCAACAUUUGGGGGCACCGCCUCCUCUCAUAUCCCCUAAACCUCUUCCUCAAAAGCACCACCCAUCCCCUUCCACUCCCAGAACUCUUUGGAACCCUGUUUCCCUCCUCAACGCCCCGUCCGAUCGGCCUCUAUCCCAUAUACAUCCUUUCUCAAGCCACUCCAGACCAAAACCAUCUGAAGAUGAAGCCAGGCAGCAAAACUGCACUGACAGGCCCUCCUCCAUGCAGGUGAACAGCCUCCUUGAAUCUGGUAAAUGCCUGGCAGAGCUUGAGAAGUCCACCCGGAGCUUUCUGAGCCAGCAGAGGGCAUUAUUCUCUCAAUCUGGACCUGGAGACAACAGCCAAAUCCAAGGGCCAUGCUGUCAGGGGCCAGCUUCAGAGGGGUCAGACCCCAUGUUGGUCUAUGACCAGGCUCUGCAACAGCACAGGAGGCUGGUCAGCAAGCUGGACCUAGAGGAAAAGAAACGCAAGGAAGCCAGAGAUAAAGGUUAUUAUUAUGAAUUAGAUGACUCUUAUGACGAGAGCGAUGAGGAGGAAGUCCGAGCCCAUCUGAGAAGAGUUACUCAGCAACCUCCUCUCAAACUAGAUACAUCUAAAGAGAAGAUGGAGUUUCUGGGUUUGUUUGGACUGAGCACUCUCUAUAAGCGUAAUGAGAUGCUGGAAAUGAAGAGGAGGAAGAGGAGGAGGAUGAUGAUGCAGGAUAGAGUCCCUUCACCUCCAACAGUGCAGAACAAACGUAAGACUCUUCCUCCUCAGCCUCCUCUCACCACAUGCUACACCCCAGAGGAGAUGGACAACACUGCUGAACUAGAGGACAAGAAGCAUUUCCUCAGUAUCUUCAACCUGGACCACGUCAGUCUGAAGGAAAGAAAAAAAAACGAGAAGAUCAUGGACAUGUUGGAAGCUAUCAAACAUAAAAACAUAACUCUGGGCACCGUCAAAUAUGCCUUAGACAAAACCAGUUCCAGUCCAUCUACUUCAGUGUCUGCUGUCUCACAACUCAAUCAAUCAGUCAGUAAUGAUCACCUUGAACCAAUCAAUUACUCCCCUGAUAACCCUCAACCUCCAGACCCGCCACCACUGGCUCCUCUCCAUGCCCAAGGCCAACCCAAAGAGGCUUCACCCAUUAGAGGGGAUCCUAACCUGAAGGCCAGUGCUCAGCUGCCACUCUCCCGACCCAAGGAUCACCCACCUGGGCUGAAUGGACUAAACGACAGACACAAAGUCUGGGAAAACAUAAACUCUGAGGAGUUUGCUCAAAACUUCCAUCAGUCUGUACUGCAGUCUACCCUAACAUCCCAACACAAACAAAAAGUAGGUGCUACUGUAGGAGCAAAUGAGCAGUUUGACAUGUCUCAGCAUCACCCUCCAGAACUACAGAGUGCAGUCAACAAGAUCCCACAUGUAGAGACCAAUGGCCACUCCUGCCAUAUAUCACCCCACCAAGACUCUCCAGGGGUGAGGCAUGAUUUUUCAGCUGGGGAGGACAUCAGUGAGGAUGAAGAUGUUGCAGAUGGAACUUUCAGCCCCAGGUGGAAAGGGAUUGAGUCAAUAUUCGAGGCAUAUCAGGAGUACAUAGAGGAGAGAAGUGUAGAGCAUCAGGUUCUUCAGAGUGAGUGUAGACGUCUUGAGACACAGCAUUACAAUCUCACACUCACAGCUGAGCAGCUUUCUCAAAGCAUGAGGGAGCUGUUGGCACAGAAGCACAAUCUGGCAGUGAAAAAAGAUCGAAUGCAUGCUGAACUGGAGCACUUGAAGAAAUGCUUGACACUGCCACUGUUACACUGGCACAGAGGUUACUACAAGAGGCCUUCACCGAGGUGAACUUACCCUUUUGAUGUGGAUCCAAAGUACUACAUCUGAACCUCAGACUGCAGUAUACAGAGCAGUACGGCAGUAUUAGAAGAAAUCAAUGUGGCCUCUUUGUAGGAAAACUUUAUUAACUUAAUGUGUGAUUUCAGCUUUGGUGUGAGAAAGCUAAGACAAAGACAUAUUCUGGUGCCAAUGUUUGAUGCCUCACUGUGACAUUCUGCACUACACAUCCUACUGCUAUAUACAGAAUCUUACCCUGAACAAAUCAAAAAUCCACUGCUAACUAAAGAUCAUGAUACAUAUCCAAUAAAUUGAUUAAAUCUAAUGGAGACAUUUAAAAGACUAAUGCCAAGAAGUGCAGAAAACCAAUCCAGAGAUGGCUAGAGUUUAAGAAAUAUCUCCACUUGACUGUUUCGCCUGCAAAAAUCUCUGAAAAUGCACUUAAAACUUAUUUAGAUUUCUCAUACCUGAUGGAUCAAAACUGUUGUACUUUAGAAGGGAAGAUAUGUUUAAAAACAUUGAGUUAAAAUAUUUUAAUAUUUAUACAAUUUUUAAAGGAGAAUGAUUAUGUAAAAAUAUUGUCAAAAUUAUGUUUUGUAUGAUUUUAUUAUUAAUGAUUAAUUAUCAAAGGCCUGUUAUUUGUAAUAUAGAUAUUUUAAUUCUUUUUUGUGAGAGAAAAUGUGUUGACAUGAUACUGCUGGUCAGAACUGGGAAAAAUGUGGUGGUAAUUUUAGAGUCCUCUUUUAAAAACCUAACAGGUCGACAAGAUGAUCAUUAAUAUACAUUUAGGAAACAUAUUGAUUUUGAUGUAGAUUAUUAAUUGUGUAAGAAUAGCUUGAAAUUGAUUAUGUUGUCUUUUAAAGGUGCACUCAUUUUUGCUUUUUUAUAGUUGCAUAGAUUCAGCAUCACAUUAUAGCGCAAGUUCGCAGUUACCAAUGACAUUUUAUAGACGUGCAAUUCGCAAGCAGCCAUGAUUAUGUUAUCCCAUGCAUGAAAACGCCUAAUUAGGAUUAUCCAGAUAAAAUAAGUAAUAUUUAACUGGUCAUGAAAUCUCUCAACAUGGUGGCGCUCAUGAAUGUGCACCCAGCACCAUAUGAAGAAUAAAUCAGCCGAUAUAGAGUCUUCAGCUCAUUUGAGUUUCCAUCAUUUUAAAUAUAUUUUAUAAAUAUACUAUUAAUUUCUAUCUGUUUAAAAGUAUCACAAUUAGGAAAAAUCACUGAGUGCACCUAUAAAAGUGUUUCUUAUUUAUUGGUAGCCUCUCUUGUCACACAUCAAAUCCAGAGUUGAAUGCCAUAUCCAUCACUGACCAACAUUUCAGAAAUCGGUGGCUAUUCGGAAAUGGGCACUUAAAUAAACUAAUUGAAUGUGGGUAACACUUUUUAAUAACUUUCAUUAAUCAAUUAAGUCAUUAACAAAGAUUAUAUAAUGCGAAAAGAAUUUAGUUUAUUUUUAUGGCAUCUAUAUGUGAGUGUACUGACCAAAUAAACAUAUAGUGGGCAUACUCAUACAUUUAAAAUGUACAAUCUCUAUUUUUCUUCUGGAAGAAAUGGACCAAAAUAUUUAUGUACACAGGCAUAUUCAAAAAUGGACAAAGCCCAUCGAUAUGUCCCUCCCUAACUUUCUGUUUCAAUAGGAAACAUGUCAACACAGGAAAGAAAAUGGAAUGUUCAUUACAGGGAUAGUUCACCGAAAAAUUUAAAUCCUCCCAUUAUUUUCUCACCUUCAUGCCAUUCCUGAUAUGUAUGAGUUUCUUUCUUCCACAGAACAAAAAUAAAUAUUUGUAGAAGAAUAUAUCAGCUCUGCUGGUCCAUACAAUGCAAGUGAAUGGGUGUCAAAUAUGUGAUGCUCCAAAAAGCACAUAAAGGCAACAUAGCAGCAAUCUAUAUGACUCUAGUGGUUAAAUAUAUGUCUUCAGAAGGGAUUUGAUGGUGUGGGUGAGAAACAUAAUUCCUUUAAUUAAUGAUGUUAAACAUAUUGUUUGUUAAUGAUUUGCUAUUGAAAGUUGUAAUGAAAGUGUUACCCAUGUCUUGUAACUUACCCAAGAUGAUUAUAUUUUAAAGCUACAGUAGCUGCCAUAAGAACAGUCAUUUAAGUUGAGCAUUUGUAUAUUUGCAGACUUUAGUUUUUUGUAUUUUUUCCCAGCAGUAAUAAAAAAAAAAAACACUAUUUAUAAUUAAGUAAAACUACAUUUUUCCAGAUAAGGUUAACACACAAAACAAAAAGACCCAUGCCGAAAGUGAGGAGUUACAUUCCCCACUUUCCCUGUAUGACACAAGACGACUCCGACCUGCAGGCCUGUAGUUACUGUUGCAAGUUUAUAAUGUUUAAAACAAGAAUGAAGUAUCGAAUUAGGUUUAUCUAUUUUUGGGGAAAUGGAAAUUAACUCGAACAGCCAUUUGUGGUUGUUGCAAAAAACAAAUAAAAAACUGUGAAAUGUCUUUAGUUUAAAUUUUUAGUGAAACAAAAUAUAAGUUAAUAUAUUGUUGAAAGUAUAAAUACUUAUUUAUGGAUCGAUUUUUGUAAUUGCUGGAAAAAAAGAGUAAUGUCUUGCCAUAUUUUGUCUAUGAAACAAGCAAAGUUUGAGAAAGUAAUGGUCAUUUUUCAUCCACAAGGGUAAAAUGAUCUUUCAGUUGUGGUUUGACCCUGUUACA